AUGUUAACGCUAGUGCUGUUAGCGAUGACCCUAGCCCUAGCGGCUCCAGACUGGACCGAUUGUCCGAGCCCUUGCCGAUGUAAGUGGAGUUCGGGAAAGAAAACAGCAAUAUGCAAGGAAGCUGGAUUCACUGGCUUACCAGGAACCUUAGACGAGGGUAUACAAGUGUUGGAUCUUUCGGGUAAUGUCAUACCUAAACUGCCGAAAGCCGCCUUCAAGUCAGUUGGCCUAAUCAACCUCCAGCGAAUUUACUUUUCCACAGCUGGUUUGAGCGAAAUACAUCACGAAGCCUUCAAGGAUCUACUCAUACUAAUCGAAGUAGAUUUAUCGCAUAACAAAAUAUGCUCGCUGCAUCCAGAUACAUUCCGCGGCAACGAACGCUUGCGAGUACUUUACUUGAGCGGAAAUCCCCUAGGACAAUUAGUGCGAUCACAGUUUCCUUCCUUACCGCAUUUGAGAACUCUGGAACUAGAGGGUUGCCAGUUGGAGAUGAUCGAUAAGGAGUCCUUCAUACACUUAACUGCAUUAGAAACCCUCAAUUUGAGAAACAACGUAUUGACAAAUCUAUCAGAGACGGCUUUUAUGAAUUUUGCUCACUUGAAAACCCUUGCUCUUGACGGCAACCCGUGGAGAUGUGAUUGCGAUCUUCGAUAUUUUAAAGACUGGUUUCUGGCCAGUACGCUGCAUUCUGUAUCUCUUAUAUGUGCCAAUCCAGAGACCCUAAGUGGCCGCGCGUGGGACGAAGUACCCUCUGAGGAAUUUGCUUGCCCACCACAAGUGUUUGCUAAUUCACUACAACGAGUGCAGGCAGAGGCGGGCGGUAACGUUACCCUAGGAUGUCAUGUGACAGGCGACCCUGAGCCUCAAGUGUCCUGGCUCUACGAGGGCCAUCCUAUCAAUCACACGUGGCUCAUUGUAGAAGCCGAAGAAGGUCUAGUUGACAAGUGGACUAACAUAAGUAUUUAUAAUGUCAGCGACGCGGACGUUGGACUUUACACUUGCGUCGCGAGAAAUAGAUUGGACAUAGCUUCCGUGAACGUUAGUUUAGUGCUUCCGGAAGUGGUGACUGCUACUACCCUCAGUAAAUCGGACACAAACAUAGUGUGGUGGGGAUUAGUGGUAGUGGGUGUUGCAAUGGGCAUGUCUGCUGUGAUUACUGUGAUUGUGGUGUGCUGUGUGAGGCGGAGGAGUCAAAGCCAAAGGAGGAACAUGAAGACCAGUGUGAGCUUCACCGACCAAGAAAAGAAGCUGCUGGAAGUUAGCAUAGCGACCACUACGGACAGGGGAACUGGUAGCUGCGAGGCCUUAGGUCCGGAUCUCGAGCUAGCCGAUCCACCUGUCCACAUAACCAUAGAAAGAGAGCCAUUACCACUAGCUGUUUACCCACCACCCCCUGAGUUCUCAACUAGUACUCUGCCAGCCGGGGCCUACGGAAACAUUUUCAUCUCAGUGUCAGUGAGUCGAGACCCAUCGAUUGAUGUAUCUAGGUGUCCUGAUCUGUUGGACUUGCCCCAUAGGCCCAAGCCAAUCUACCAUGGUAUGGCAACGUUGCCAAGAAGGGCCUAUGCUGCUCCCCAGUACGAUAACAUGGGUCCCAGGGUGACUGCUGGGGGCAGUUCAACGUGGUCCCUACCCGAUGCUGCUGCCCCUGCUGGAACGGAGUUACCUCCCCCACCGCCACCCCCUUGCAUUUCGCUAACCCCUGAAUUUGUCUCUCUCUAA